AUGCACAGUGCACAGACUAGACGCGCACCUUACGUUUCAAAGGACGGGGCUCCCCAUUACGAUGGACUUAAAUCAUCUACUCGCGAUUUAAUUAGUGGAAAGGAUGCAAAAUACGAUCAGGAAAAUAUACCAAACGGCGCUGAAUUAGUAAAUGGAUCAAAUCCGACGAUACCUGAUACAUACGUGGGAUAUUCCAACAUUCCUAACCAGGUUUACUUUAUUUUGCCUUACUUAUUAUGCAGAUUUUUCGGAGGGCAGUUCGCAAGGGCUUUGAAUUUAACUUGAUGGUUGUCGGUGAGACCGGCCUUGGCAAAUCUACCUUUAUCAACUCGCUCUUUCUUACCGAUGUCUACAAUGUUGAAAAUCCAGGCCCUUCAUUUAAGGUCAAACAUACUGUUGAGGUUCGGUCCUCGUCCGUACUCCUUAAGGUUUGAUAUUUCUCGUUUCGUAAUCUGGAUGUAGGAGAAUGGUGUAUCACUGAAGCUAACAGUUAUUGACACCCCGGGUUUCGGGGAUUCAGUCAACAAUAGCGAAUGCUGGCAGCCAAUUCUGGACUUUAUAGAUGCUCGUUUUGAUGAAUAUUUGGCUGCCGAAGGCCGUGUUUCAAGGAAUUCUGCAGCCAUACCUGACAAGCGCGUGCAUGCAUGCUUAUAUUUCAUCGCCCCAACAGGUAUGCAUGUCAUGAGUUGUAUUUGUCGUGACUGUCAUAUUGGUCGAUUUUACUUGUUGACUACUUACCCACCACUUCAACAUACGCACAUGUGCUUAGUUCCGUCCUCUUAUUUCUCAACUGUAAUCCUACUGCUCCUUCUCUUCAUAAUCUUCGAAAAACCAAUAAACUUACAGCAUUAUUUUGGAAUUUGUUGGCCAAAAUUAGUCCUUCCCGCCAUAGAGGAUCUUCUGAACUGGUUAGGCUACAACACAUCGGGGGGAUGUUGGCUGUGGAGACUGUGCAAGCACAAUAUAGGAAAAACGUUUCUUCGAUUUAUCAGGGCGUACAUGUGUGUUUGGACAAUAGGGAGUUUUUUUCGGAGGACCCCGACAGUUAUAUCCGACCGACCGAUUGUCCGUCUUGUAUUCUACUUAAUUAGUUGUGGUCUUUUUAAAAACCAUCCGAACCUGUAUUUAAAUCGACACCCGAGCCACUGCCAACCGUCAAACCGGCUAGUGAGGGAUUGGCACACGGCAUCAAUCUCCUAGGUAGUGAAUGUUCACGCUUACAGCCCCUUGUUAACACCCUUCUCCUUAUAACAACCAUCUAUAAGCAUAACGGGACAUAUCACAACAGAAAGUGGGUCCAACCGCCGGAACCAGCCUGGUAAGCUGUCCGGAAACGAUAAAAGUGUUUUGGAAAAAUGUAGUUAACAGCAGCAUCUAAGAGUAGCCAAUGCAUAAGAACUCUUUUACCUACGUCACUUAAGCGCUGUUAAAGGACAUCUCCAUGCAUCUAUUAGUCUUUCAGGCGUUCACAAUAGUAGUAUGGAGAUCCUGUCCUUAAGUACGACAAUUUCACGUCUCUCCGCGUGUGAGUCUAGACGGUCACUCACAUGACUGAACCUAAUGUUGCUUGUACAGCUGUUCGAGAUGUGCAUUUGUACGCGGGGAUUCAUGUCGCAUCUGUUUGUCGACCGUUUUUUUUCCGGGCAGUAGGACUCAGGGAACCAUCACUCGUCUUUAGGGUCCCGGGUCUUUCUGCUACAAACUGUUAACCUUUACCUAGCUGGAAGAUUCUGUGGUUUCUCUCCAGCGGUUUGAAAUGGCUCUUUGUUUCCAUGGCAUCAACGUUUGGUAUUUAAAUGUAUACUUAGUCUCAGGCCUGUGCAAUUUCUACUUCCAACCGGGUAAGAGGAUAUUUGAAGGCCCCGAUGACCAACUUGAAGAAUAACCGGUAAUGUUUGACGAGUGCAGUUAUUACAGCCAGAACACUGUCUUUUCUAUCAACAGACGACCCCUGCUGUCAUAGAAACACUAGUAUCCCUUUCUGACACAGACCUAACCUACCUUUAAUGUCAUGUACGCUGUUGCCGACGUCAUGUCUGUUAUGCUGUAAAAAGCAUAGUUCUCAGUUUGUAUACGCAUCUAGCGCUUGUUUUCGUAUCAGAUACUUUACAAGGACAACAGGGAUCACUAUACCGGGGAAUUAUGGUUCUGCGGUCCCUACUAAUACCUAGUUCAGCAGAUUUUGCUGUUUGAAAUUGGGCGUAACAGCCCCGGCAAAUAAUUUUUUGUUAUUGGCCGAGGUCGGAAAUGCCUUGUUUUUCGACUGUUUAUGUAUUUUUUGCUUGGAACUGCUGCUGACUUUAUGCAUCCGUAACACACUUGGCAAGUUUUUUUCUUCUGUUCGACUAUUUCCAUCUUCUGCCAUCGCAGAGCAUGGCUUGCAGUAUUCCAAACAUUCCCCAGCGAGCACCUUGAUUGGAGUCCUUCAAGUAACUAUAUUGUCCAACAGGGAGCAGAACUGCAAAACAUGAAAGCUGUCGACGUAAAUCUUUUGACUUGUCUUUUGAUACCGCACACAAUCGUAGAUAAAAAAAAUCGAACAGGUCGGUAAACUGUUUACAACCACAAAAAUAGGUUUCUAUUGUACGUUACGUUAUGCCUUCUUCCCAAUCGUUUCAGGUCACCAUUUGAAAAAUAUCGAUGCUGAAUGCUUGCGCAGAAUUCAGGAUAAGGUCAACGUCAUACCCAUCAUCGGCAAAGCUGAUUGCAUGACUUUGGAGGAAUGCAAGGAAUUCAAGAAAAACCUCCUCGCUGACUUCCAGCACCACAAGAUUAAAAUAUACGACUUCCCAGACAGUGAACAGAGUUUUGGUGAGCUUACGUCAGUUUUGUCGCAUCAUGCUGGAGUUUGUAUGGAUAUUGUUUAACUUUCUUCAAAACGGCCAACUUAUGAUAUGUAAAACUGGUGGGAAAACAUCCUACCGCUUAAUGUUUUUAUUAGAGACAAUGUAAAUGUGUACGAUGUGCUCAUUCCCGUCUUACCCUUACCGUUUUGACUGGUUCCUCUGUCCACGCCAGUGAAUUAGGUUGUGGAUCGCCUCUCACUCUCCCAUAUGCAGAUAUCUUUAUUGUUUGUUAUUAUUGGAGAAAUGUUACCUGUGAGUGUUGAGGUGAAUAGACCAACGGAGUAACGACUUAGAAAUGGGAGCACAUGCUGUUCCACAGUAGCCACCAGAACCGAACUGUAGCCCUCUCAAACUGCGGCUCAUGCUCUAGACAAGCAACGGCAUCGUCCUCCCAUUUUUUCGUAUUUUGUUGUAGGUAAUUAGUUGCUGAGCCUACUCCUUACCACCACUUAUUCACAAUAGCUUCGCGGGUCUGACGCCUACUUAUGCCGUAACUGCCGCGCAUAUGUUACUGAAGGACGGAUUUCCAUCUGAAAGACAAUGAACGUACCAUUUAGCCAAAACCUAUGCAGUUGGGAAACCCCUGCUGCCAAUGUCUUUCUACCCCAUAUAAUUUUUGGGCACUGUCUCCCUUAAAAAGUGCAGAUCCGGGGCGUAGCAGCCCAGAUGUUCCCUUUAUAUUCAACUUCUAUAAGGGUGUCAGGGCGUUUUUAAUAGACAUUUUUAAAUCCACCGCCAUUGGUUAUCACGAUCAGUCAUUCCUAGAGGAGGAGGCAAUCUGGUUUAAAUAUCAGUAGGAAAAACGUCGUCUUCUGACCUUUUCACACUGCUUACCUUAUUUGGCAAUCAAGAUAGAAUUAAUUAUGACCCAUCUGUCCUCUCCAUUCCACUAUUUCAAUAGUGGGCCCGCCGUAAAGUAAGAGAGUUUACCAUGUACUGAUCUUGCAGCUCUACUGUAUACUUUGUAACACCCUGUGCGCCAUCUCCCUGACUUAUCUUGUAUGUGGAUUUACAGUAAAUCUUCUGUGUAUUUUCUCCAACCCUAUUCCCAUCGUCUUCCUAUGUGUAAUAUUGUUCCUUCCGGUGUUUUCUCAGAAAACAGUAACGAUGAGGAGGGGUCCCGUCUCCGUCGUCUAAGAGACCGCAUGCCUUUUGCUGUUGUGGGCGCCAACACCUACAUUACCAACAGUGCCGGAGUCAAGGUUCGUGCACGCACCUAUCCCUGGGGCACUGUGGAGGUCGACAACGUGGAGCAUAAUGAUUUCUCCAUCCUGCGUUACUUUUUGAUCCGGCUUCAAAUGCAGGUGAGGUCACGGCCGUACUUUUUGUGCAUGUCUUUGCAUAAAAACCUACUGUCGCUCUGGUAGGACCGAUCGCUUCAGUUGCACGUGAAUGAUUAUCCCACGCUGGCCUCACUUGGCCCCUAGAUGUUAUCUGUGUCUACAUAAAACUGUUGUAGCCGCAGCGGGUACACUCCACCGACUGCCUUUAUCGGUUGUCGAAACCAGAUAUUGUUUGUCUGCAUGUCUCCUAUCCAGGUGAAUAAGUGAAGUCCAACUCGAUUUUGAGUAAGGGACAGGUGUGUAGUAUGCUGCCGUCUGCUUAAUCUCUACGCCGCUCUUAUACUGUUGGCCUAGCCAUCCCAUUGGAACACGGUGUAUGUAGGAUGGAACUGGUAAAUACUGUGCCGGCCUCCUCAAUCUGUUGUUGGGCCUUGCGGUACUUGUUCAUCGUCAGCUGAGAUACCUCCUCCCACAGAAUAAACGUCGGAUCAUAUUAAAAGGGCUAAAAAUCCGAUACCCUUAGGGAAUUAAAAACGGUCAUCUGGAACUGGCGCCCACUUACCUGCUCAUCGAGCUGGCGUUUGUAGGCCUUCAUCUUCAUUGGAGUCUUGUCAAGCAAAUCCUGCUGUUCCAAGACCAUCUUCGUCACUGCCACUUUCAACUCUGAUGGCGAUGGCGAAGCGGUAGUUAUUAAGCCUUAGCUGCAGGUCUGCACACGAGGAACAGGGCUAUUUAGGAUCGUUCUCCAUACUGGCAAAAAACAGCGGCAAACGGCAGUGGAAUUUAGCAAAUGAACGAUGUUGAGACUAUCGUUGGGAACAUUGCUUACCAUAGCGGGGUGAGGCGCUAGAAAGCAUGUUCCAAACACGACCUGCUUAUUUCACCCUGACUGACCAACCGCGGUUGACGGGUUUAUUGCUCAUCGCAGUUUACACGUAAACAGUGCAGAUGGUCAGUUGUUAUUUUCGGAACUUCUUCAUUAAAUCCAGGGUCUUAGACGUUUGUUUUCUGUUAGAUAUCCCGCGACUACGAUAUUAAACGCAGUAAUCGGCCAGCUCAUGCUUGGCUUCCGAUCGUUAUUUUACACUACGGUCGUGUUUCUAGAACCAAGUUUGAUCAAGUGCAGGGGCUAGUCAUAAACAAGCUAUCUAGAGGCUGUUACUAGCUUCUUGCACAUGCCGCCAUGUGGGUUACCAUGACAGAAAGCAUCUCCACGGCGAUUGCCGGUCAUUUGACGAUAUCAACCUCACGGGCCGGUGCCGAGUUUCACACUCAUGAUUUCGCGUUGAUUGCGCAUAAAAGGCCAGCCACCUUAGGUUAAUUUUCCCACACACACACACACCCACCAGAAAUUCCUUAAAACUCGCCCAAAUACCAAGGACAGUCAUUACAACUUCACCUGCCUAUCCCAAUUUCGAGUUCUGGCACUUAGUUUUCGAAAAUACUGUCCAACGUUUCGUCUUGCUGUCGUGAUUGCUACUGGAAUUUGCCUUUCCUAGUUCCACACAGAGCGUAUUCAUCUGUUUUCUUGCAACCAUGUCAAAUAGCAGAACUAUUUCAGGCAACUCUUUCACCAUCUUAAGCAAUAAACUGUCGUAAGUAACACAUCCAGCUGCGAAUCCGUUGGCGGCCACCUUGAUUUUUUCUUGCUUUCUAUGGUGGACGCCAAGGAUAUUCCUCUGUUUCCAUAAGUGUCUAGCAAUGCCCACCAUUCUCCUCUAACGACGAUCGACUUUAGACGUAAAAAGUGUUUGCCGGUGGUCUAUCCCCAAGGCCACUGAGACAUUAAAGCCUCCGAUCACCCUGGUUACCUUGUAAAACUGACUGCUUGUGACAGACAAGAUCUUUAAUUCAUUUGAAGCAAGUGGGUCAGCCCUGACUCAGGCGACAUGCACCGCUAACUGUGCUCUAUAUUUUCAAUGAGAAGUGACGCAACAACCCCCUUAUUUGUGCCUUAGUUUUUUAUCAAGCAAACGAAAUGUUUUGUAACAUCAGCAGUUAGGUGCAAGUACCGGCCACUACUGCCAUUACUAUUGCUACUACUACUACUACUACUACUACUACUACUACUACUACUACUACUACUACUACUACUACUACUACUACUACUACUACUACUACUACUACUACCGCUAUUACUACUACUACUACUAUUGCUACUACUACUACUACUGCUACUACUACUAUACUACGGCUACUACUACUACUAAUACUACUACUGCCACUACUACCGCUACAACCGUCCCUGAGAGCAGUAUGGACUUGGACUGAACUAGACUGUAGUGAUGGAGACUAGCAGCAUCUGAAUCGAUCUCUUCCCUCACACGCUUUGUUCCAAUGACACGGAAAAGUCAAUCUGACUGGAGAUGGGUGUAAGCACUGACCCAGAGCCCCGUCCGUCGCUACGCCGGGGCCAGACUUCAGCAACUGAUCUCAUUUUGGGGAGGCUUGUCAUAAUGCCCACAUUAAGCUAACAUCACUUCAACCUGACCUUCAGUCCGGAAGACGAGUUUUUCUCCACUAGUUUAUAGUCAUGUGCCGUGACAUUUAAGAAUCUCUUGGGAUUUAUUAUGGUGAUUAGAGUACACUUUGGUCGGUCUCACUCUUUCCACAGCCAUAAUUUGCCAAUGACACGUCCGAUUCAUGCUGACUGAAGGCAAAAUUAAACGAAGUAGCUAACUUGACAGUUGCUAGUUGUCAGUUGGACUUCUGUGGGUGUAGAACAUUCUUUAAACCCGUCGCGAUUUUAUAUCAUGUCCUCCAUUCACGUCACUGAGGCUGCCUUUUUCCUUCUGCCGUCUUUUAUCCGGAGGUCUCAGGCUAUCGUAAUGACAGCUUACGGACGUAAUAACUGCGCCUCCUAAGUUUGUCGAAGUCAGGUACUUUCAGCCAUUACUCUUUGGCACAGAGAUGCUUGUCUGAAAUCAAGAUAGGUUUUUCGCCGGUCUCCUGGGCGCACAAAACAGCUGUAAUAGGAUACACUCACUGAUGGGCUUUCCAAUGCGUCUUACGCGAUUUCUAGCGUAUACACCUGACAUACCCACUUGAAAUCCUAACUGCCUUCCGCCCUUGUGGAAACACGGUACACUCUGUGAAGGCUAACUUGCGCGUGGCACGCGUAGACGGGCUGUUUGACUUUAUCAGCCAGUGCGCCCGGGUCCGUCCCCGACCGAUCUGGCCACUGGACCCAGGUAGAGGUGAGGGAGGAGAGUGUGGUGGAUGCUGCACAUGCCGACUAUCGCUAUAAACGAAUACACGCGCAAGUCACCGUCUUGUGUCCAUCGCCCCAUGGUUCGCACGGCGGACAUCAUCGUUCACGAUGGUCGAACUGUCAUAGGUCUCACUUCUUUCGCAACCGUUUUUAACUAUCCUGAUUUCCCAAGUCGGGAAAACAGUCUCGCAAAAAUUAGCUCAGCAGACUCGAGUUCUACGUUUCUGGCCCAGACAUUCAUUUGACUUUGGGCCUCCUGUUGGGUCCACUUCAACAAGCUAAAGUAGACUUUGCGAACGGCCUCCUUCAAACAUGAGGGUUGUAUAACCUUUUAAACGGCAACUUUGGAGACUGAAUACUUGACCAGUCCAAUCACUCGAAGCUUGUCUCAAUCGCCACAAGGAUCUGGAAUUAUUGGACAUUCGUUCAGUCAGUCAAUCCCUAUGGCUGUGAAUGCUGGGCUGUGGAAGUAGACAAGUGUGGAGUAGGGGGUUUUCAACCACCGCUGUCUGAGGACGAUUCCCACAGUGAAGUUCACAGACUUUGUCCCGAACAGUCCCCACGAGUCCAAUUCCCUGAACAGAACUCACUUCUGGAGCUUGCACAUGCAAGUUGAUCAGCCAGAAGACAGUGGUAUUUUAGGCUGCUUCCUGCGUUACUCCAUCUCAAUGGACGGUGUUGCCGAAUGGAGUACCCAGGGGUAGUUACUGAUCCACUGACGGUUGCGUCAGGCACCUGCCUGCACGACGUGGUCACUCAACUCUGAGCGCUCAGUGGGGAGAAACCAGUUGUGCGGUGAAGCACGUAGGAAUGGAAUUACUGCCUUAUGUCGCUGGACAUUGGUCCGCUAUAUUACAUUGUUCUGCGGCAGUAGUUUUUCACUGCCUUUCCCUUUCAAAUCUGAAGUAUUUGAACGGGUUUCUAUAUCCCCCCUCGCCUACCUCUUCUCCAACGGUCGACCUUUAGCAUCUGCGCGAAUUGACGCAUCGUGUGCACUAUGAAAACUACCGAAGUGCCAAGCUGUCCUGCAUCGCAUCGGAAAGCCAAUUUCAGACGGUCGAUGGCAAGGACCCGAUGAUGUGCAUGGAGGCAGAGAAGAAAGAACAUGAGGCCAAAAUGCGCAAGAUGGAAGCGGAAAUGGAGGCCGUCUUUGCUCAAAAGGUAUCGCAGUUUGCUCAUAUCUUUUCAUGAAUAGUGAAUGCCCCCCACCCUCACUACCUUCACGCCUAUUUACCAUUCGCGGACUGACGGCAUAGUUGCAGUCAGUCCGGCAGACUGCUGAGCACGAUUAGAAGGGCUAGAAUAGGUGUUUCCAGCCAACUUGAUUUUCACCGCAAACCAGUCCGGUAGGGCUCACGCCAGUUAAAUCAGAUUGGCUCUGGACUCAUAAACACUUAAAAUGCAGUUUGACUUCACCCACUCAUAUUAAAACCGAUAAUAAUAAAUAUUGUCGGCAAAGUAAAAGGAUGUUAGAGUAGCCAUUUCUGACUUCCGUACCGUCAGUCAACCACACUUCAACUCGGGACCAAAAAGGCCAGAGUUUUAAGCCCGGACUCAAUUGGUCGUCGGGCUUAGCGCUCUCUCAGACCAAAGCGGAAAGCCCUUACUUUAUUCUACAAUCAGGCCACAUCGGAGAACGCAGCUCUCAUAUUUUCGCAACUGGGUCUUCUGCUCACCAUUUAUGACUCUGCUGUUCAAAAUCACCUAACUUGUAGUGCUGUGCAUUGACUCGUACAACCAGCAGCUUACAUGUGUGUGAGGUAUUGGUUGGACCCGUGAUGCCUACUUUGCGGAAUCCUGACUUACUUUUUAUGUGUGCCUGGCUCUGUUUUAAUCGCCCAAUUCAUUUGAGACGCCGUCCCAGGACCUUACUUCUGUGUGAAACACAACACACUCUUCCGUCUUCUCUCUUCAACACUGCCAGUCACCCUACUUUUUACGCCGCUUUCUGCCACUCGUCUGAUCUUAACUGUAGCUCUAAAGGGGAAAAUUCCCACCUGUUGUCGUUCAGCAUACCGACUGACCACUUGUAGCUUCUUUCAACUAAUGUUACCGAUCCUGACUCUCAUUUUGGCGUUUUCUCUCGUGGUUACCAACCCCUAACUACUCAUUACAGGUGGAUGGUCAUUUUAGCCAAUUCCGCCCCACCCUGACUGGUUUCUGCUUCGAGCUUAUUAGCAGUUCAGUGUAAUGCAUUUGCAUCGUGAGAGAGGAGUGAGUCUUCUCGCUGAGUUUCAUACUCUCCGAUAGUUGGCUUAGAGUUUCUCAUUAUGAGGUCUUGAGCGCAACCAGAAGUAAAAUCUCCAGAGCUCUAUGGCGACGUUGCUCUACAACCUUCUUCGACUCAUUUACCUCAUCUUUAAACUUGACCCCUUGAAUUCUUCGCGAUCGUGCGUCCCGGGUGGCAUGCUGGGUUCACUCAUUAUACUCCGAAAGUAGUUGGUAGAUGGCAAUGAUUGCUAUCGUUUUAACUGUUCCUUAAUGAGUUUGUACUAACUUCGAGAUUGAAGCCUUGAGAAGCAGUCGUCCUGCUAGCCAAUAGCAUGCUUUAACUGGCUUCCUGUAGUGAUUGAGACAACUGUCGGAGGGCUGCUUUUCCGAUUCCCGUGCCAAAAAUGAAAAGUCGUAACCCGCCUUCCCUCCCACUACCGGGUUUGGUAAUUCGGUUUUCGAAUGCUGCCUACUUUCCAUUCUCAAGAAUCACGUUAGCUCUUGAUAGAAGCGGCAUCUUUCCUGAAUGGACCCCGCGCUGUCUGAGUCCUUCUUUUGGCCUUUCUCCCAGGAGAUUGACCUCAGGUAGCUGUACAACUGUUUAAAGUUUAUUUUCCGUCAUCUUUGCUGGUUUCCAAACCAAGGUUUUUCGUUUUUCUGCCGAAAGAGACCUUCAAAGCGAGUUUGGGUCAACAUCUUAUUUUUUGGCUUGGACGCUUAACGGUUUGCGCUGAAACACGCCUCCUGAUCUUUCGAUCCUUUAACUCUGCUUCCCGGAUAACCGCCGUCGUUUGCAGUUAAGAGCCUGUUUUGCAGUGCGCGAACCCGAGGUUUACGCCUCGAUGAUCUAUUCACCAGUCAUUUAAUACAGCUCUUCUUUUUCCAUUUCUUUAGGUUGCCGAAAAGAAUCAAAAGAUGAAAGAAUUUGAGGCCGACCUGGCGCAUCGGGCUGAUCAGAUGCGUGAACAGCUGCGUGCCGAGGAGAGCCAGUUCGCGGCGGAGAGACGGACUUUCGAGGCUGAACGCAGUUCCUGGGAAGAGGCUUGGCGUGAGUGGGACAUUGGUGCUGACCUGAGUGGUUCAUCCGGCCUGAGUCUGGGUCUGGGCGAGCGCGUCCUCAAUGAAGUCAUUAAAGAGCGCGGAAAGACGGAAAAGAAGCGUAAAGGUCUAUUUUGA